AAGUUUUACUGUACUUCUCUGUUUUGACCUCAGGUGUACGCUUUCCCAAAUAAAGUCUCCCAGUAGGUUUAUUCAUCUCCGGCGUAUUUUGAGCCUCAUCCCACCUCUACUACUCUUCUUAAGUAUUAAAGUUUUGUCUAUAUUUCCGUCUUCGUUUUUAAUUAAAAGAUCAAUUUUGAGUUCCAUUAGAACUGUGUAUGUGUUUUUGAGAGAAUUAAUAGGGUAUAUAUUUGUUUAUUCUUCAUUUUAAUUAUCCAAUUAUUUUAUUAUAUUUUUUCAUUACUCCAAAAUUCUGUGAAGUUUAUAUAUAGAGAGAGUAAUACAUAACGGUGGAGUGCUCAGAUUGAUGACUUCAAGUUUAGGAAACAACUUGAAGCUGUUCCUCUGAUUUAAACCCAAAAAACUUCUUCAUUCAGAAAACCAGAAAACUCUUCGUCUUUUCUUUCUUCAACAAUGAAGAAUGAUCAGAAACAUCACCUCCUACCAUGGUCAAUCCCCAUGUUUUUCAAUUCCCAAAUGCAUUUACCCAAUUUCUUUUUCUCUUUUCUUCUGUUUGCCUGCGGUUUAGCCUUCGGAAUCACCCUCAGUUUUCACCUCAAAGACAUUUCCUUCAGUUUUCAGCUCAAUCAACUCACCGACAUCCCACUUUCCCCUCCAAAUCUAAUCACAAUCCCUUCUCCACCACCGUCUUGUUCAUCUUCCCAAGUUAAUACAUCAAAUAAUAUUCAAACAAAAACUCCGGCUCCGACUCGAAUCGGAUUGGAAGACUACUUGAAACCUGCAGCUGAUGCCAUGCAUGAUAUGGGAGAAGAUGAGUUGUUAUGGAGAGCUUCAAUGGUUUCUCGCAUUCAAGAAUUUCCAUUCAAGCGUGUCCCAAAAGUUGCAUUCUUGUUCUUGACGAGAGGUGAGGUGACUUUUGCUCCUCUUUGGGAGAUGUUCUUUAAAGGACAUGAAGGGCUUUACUCCAUUUACGUUCAUUCAAGUCCUUCCUUCAAUGGAACUGUUCCUGAAACGUCAGUUUUCCAUGGCCGAAGAAUCCCAAGCAAGGAAGUGGAGUGGGGACAAUUUAGCAUGCUUGAAGCUGAGCGUCUCUUGCUAGCGAAUGCCUUGCUUGACAUCUCCAACGAACGUUUUGUUCUUCUCUCAGAAUCAUGUAUUCCCUUAUUCAAUUUCUCCACAAUUUACAAUUAUCUCAUAAACUCCGAAAAAACUUAUAUUCAAUCUUAUGAUUUACCCGGGCCGGUGGGCCGAGGCCGCUACCACACUCCAAUGAGCCCAAUAAUCAAGCUCAAGCAAUGGCGAAAGGGCUCCCAAUGGUUUGAAAUGGACCGGGCCCUCGCCGUUGAGAUAGUCUCUGAUACAACAUACUUCCCCCUCUUUAGAAAAUUUUGCAAGCCCAUUUGCUAUGUUGAUGAACAUUAUUUGCCGACAAUUGUGAGCAUGAAGUUUUGGAAGAAGAACUCCAAUAGGACUGUGACAUGGGUCGAUUGGUCCAAGGGUGGACCUCAUCCAGUUAAGUUUCAAAGACAAGAUGUGACAAUUGAGCUUUUGAAUAGGCUGAGGGAUUCAAGGAAAUUAUGUGAUUAUAAUGGCAAGAAGACUAAGAUUUGCUUCUUGUUUGCAAGGAAGUUCAUGCCAAAUACUUUGGAUAGAUUGUUGAAGUUUGCUCCUAAGGUUAUGAAAUUCAAUUGAUUUGUAUUGAUAUGUGUAUAUAAUUAUUUUUUCCUCUG